AAACAAGUAUAUGUGUUUAGAAAAGGUUGUUUUUGCCACACAGCUUGUUUUAAGUUGCUGCACGUUAAUUGCUGUCGUUUUGUACUAGUAGCUCGAGUUCCUUUCGUAAUUGUGUUAAAACAUACUAAACCAUAAAAUAUUGUGUUCUGAGGUGCGUGGUAUUAAAAUACGCUAAAUGUAACCCAUGUGCCAUACAUGGGGCUGCACUAUGAUCAUUAAACGAACAUGGAGGAAAAAAUUUAUUGUAUUCCAGUAGUACUGAUGUUCAUCUAAAAUUUAAAGAAUUUUAUUUUCCUUUAAAGAACUGCCCAGCGAGAUGAAACAACUCCUCACGGACGUCACUCCGAACUUCGACGAGAAUCUGAAACGUGCUUUUAGGAACGAGGCUGUUAGAUUGCAACGCAAACAGAACACAAACCGCUACGUUCAUCAGCUGGACGACGUUCUCUUAUCUGUAGAUGAUACCAAAAUUGAAUUACGCAACUUAAAGUUCCCGUGGAUCCCCGACUUUCGCAUCCUGGAUAUGUCAUGUGACCUGCCCAUGUCCUGCCUAGACCUCAGUCUGAAUCUCGGCAACUUACGAAUCGAAGGCGAAUACGAAGCCAACAACACAACCCUCAGAAGAUGGUUGCCAGUAUCUCAUGUAGGUCGUAUAGUGAUCGGCUUCAACAAUGUCAGGGCUAACGGUAAAAUUGGACUCGUACUCAAACAAGAUUCCUUCGUUCCGCAGAACUACGACAUUAAAUAUGAACCGACUGACGUGGUGGUGAGGGUUAGCUAUCACGUGGAUGCUGAUAACAAGGUGGAAAAUGAAAUUACCAAUUCAGAUAUAGAGGCGACGCUGGGCAAGACCGUGUGGGUGCAACUAACCGAAACAUUGUCAAACCUGUUGCAUAAACAGCUUGGAGAAGUUGUGGUGGAGUUUUCUGUGACGGAGCUUUUGAUGGAUCGAGAUGAGGAGUACAGGGAGUACGUGAAGGAACAAGCGACCAGGGCCAAUAAACUUCUGGACUCCCUCUUGUGCUCGGCGAAGGACUAUCUGGUAGCAAAGGAGCUGAGGGUGGUGAAAACGCCACCCUUCGACGUCGUCUACAAGGGGAAGGCGUCGGGGGUGCAGCAAGGAACGUUCACAACGGCGGAGGGGUUCCUACAGGACCUCGCCACUUUGACGAGACUACACAGUUUCAGUUUAUACGAAGACAAACACAAACUUACCAUAUAUGGAGGGAUCAGUUUGAGGGAGUUCAAACACGGAUAUGAAGCAUAUCAAUGCGAAUACGAGGAUACGAACGUCAGCGGCAGCAUCAAAGGAUCCGUCUACAAAAAUCAGAUUUUUGUGAAAAUCACUGUGAAAAAAGAAGGUGAAAGGUGCUCGACUCACCUAGAUUCCGUCCAAGUUACAAACAUAAAAGACAUAGACAUCGACAUCUCCGGCUUGGCGUCGCUCAGCUGGCUCACCUCUAAAUUAAAGUCUUGGGUGAUCGGACAUCUGCGUCAGAAAGCUCUACCUGUACUGGAAACCUACGUCAAAGAGGCCCUGCUGCAUGCCAUAACCAACACCGACUGCGUCGCUCAACUUGUCGAUUAAAAAUUGUUAUAUUUU